GAAAAAAAAUUGAUAUCGAAUCAAUAUCAUCAAAAGAUUCAUUUUAUAAAUAUGAGGAAACUAAUUCCUUGGCCAAUAGAUGACAGUGUUGAUGUAUUGUUCAUAAAAUUGUCUUUGACCAGCUGAUGCGUCAUUUGAAUUUGUUUCCAUAAUGCUGAUUCCAUUGGGAAGAAUAGUUACAACAAAUCUUGUAAAGAAUAAAAAUAGAAUAAAAAAUUUUUCAAUCCGAUUUCUAUCAUCAACGACAUCAAAAACUGAAGAUACAAUAAUAGUGGAAAAUCGAACAUCAUAUGUUCGAUUAAUAGGCAUUAAUAGACCGCAAAAACGAAAUGCAAUCAAUCGUGAAACUGCUGCAAAACUACGACAAGCAUUCGAAGAUUUUGAUAAUGAUCCAGAAUAUCGUGUAGCUGUAUUGCAUGGUUUUGGUGGAACAUUCUGUGCUGGAUAUGAUCUUGAAGAAUUGUCAAGUGUUGAUGAAAUUUCAAUUGAAAAUAUAGUCACUCCUGCUCCGAUGGGUCCAACAUGGAUGUUGACAUCGAAACCAGUUAUUGCCGCAAUCGAUGGCUAUGCAGUGGCAGGAGGAUUUGAGCUAGCCAUGUGGUGUGAUCUUCGUGUAGUAGAAACGACUGCCAUAAUGGGCGUAUAUUGUCGCCGAUUUGGUGUUCCGUUGCUGGAUGGUGGAACGGUUCGAUUAAGUAGAAUGAUCGGGCAUUCCAGGGCGAUGGAUUUGAUUUUGACUGGUCGAGGAAUCAACGGUAAAGAAGCAUUUGAUUUUGGCAUUGCUAAUCGUCUAGUACCGGUCGGAACGGCUUUAGGACAGGCAUUUAAUCUGGCACAAUCUUUGGUAAAAUUUCCAAAUGAAUGUCUACGUGCAGAUCGUCGUUCAGCAUAUUAUGCUACAUUUGAUUCUACUUCAUUAGACGAUGCUCUUCAGAAAGAAUUUGAGAUAUCCAAAUCCAUUGUGGCCAAAGAAGCCAUUCAUGGAGCUAAACGUUUUAAAGAAGGUAUAGGCAAACAUGGUAAAUUUGUACUUGAUAAAAUUGGUUACGAUGUAGAUGUUACUGUUUGAAAAAAAAUCGCGGUUAAUUUUUUUUACAUAAAAAUUUUGAAUUCUGUUAAAAAAAACCUCAUUUAUGAAUGAACAUUCUUAUUGCUCUUUCACCCACACACACACACACAUGUGUCUGUUGGCCGGAAUUUGAAGCCGAAAUCUGCUCUGUUUUAUAGACAACUCAUAGCUUUUAAAAUUUAAAUUUUUCAUCUUGGAUCUUGGAUUUUUCAUUGCCAUAAUAUCAUUCUAAAAGAAUAAAACUAUUGCCUAACAUCA